UUUUUUGAUUAAUAGUAAAAGACAAAGACGAUGACAUUUUCUCACAAAGCGUAGAAUCAAAGCAAAGCCAAUUGGAAAAAAAUCUAUAAUCCCACUAAUGUUUUGUUUUACAUAUAUAUAAACCAACAGCGUAAAACAUAUUUUGGCUGUAAAACACAAGAGAGGAUGAAGAGAAGAGAGAUUAACGAUGAAAACAGAGGCAUUUGUUGCCGGUUGAUAAGGUACGUGGUGGUUAAACUCAUGUCGGGUCAAAAGGAAGAUAAGUCUACCAAGAAGAAACUGAUCAAGAAGGGAUCAAAUUCUGAUAUCACAAUUCACUUCAAGGAAAGAGAAGAUAACGCUGCUAAUGCCAUCAACACUAGCUCUAGAUCAGAGAGAGAGAGGGUGAUCAUGCUGUUCAAUGGUACUGACGUGAAGAGCGUACCGAGUGAAGCUAGCUUUGUCGCUAAGCCUGAAGAUGUGAGGAAAAGAUCACAACCGAAGCCAGUUUCGAUUGAUAUUGAUAAGAAAUCAGAUGCUUUUAUCCAGAGUAGACUCGAGAUGAUGAGAAAAAGGCUAUAGCCUCUCCUUAGAACCAGAGAUACACUACUGGUGCUAUUCAUAUUACUAAUAUGUUGUUGUUAUCCAUAAAAUUCAUUUUUAAAGUUUUACAAA